AUGCGUUUCUCCGUUGCUGCUGUCGCUGCCUGCGCCGCUGGUGCCAUGGCCGGUGUUGUCACUGAGACUGUCACUGCCUUCACCACCUACUGCCCUGAGGCCACCUCCGUGGUCCACGGUAGCCACACCUACAGCAUCUCCACCCCUGGCCACAUCACCAUGAGCCACGGUCCCUACACCGUCACUCGCCCUCUCCUGAGCUCUACCGUCACUGAGUGCCACAGCUGCUCUUCCUCCACCCCCGUCAUCCCCGUUGUGCCCAGCGGCGCUACUUCCACCCCUCUGGCCCCCAACCCUGUCCCCACCGGUGCUUCUUCCGCCGCUCCUACCCCCUCCCAGCCCGCCUUCAACGCUGGUGCCGUCAACGCCGCUACCGGUGCUGGUGCCGGUCUGGCCGCCGUCUUCGGUGUCGUUGCCCUCCUGCUGUAA